CCCUUGCCUACGUUUAUAAAAGUUACGCAUCGAGAGAGCGCAAACAGAGAAACAAACUUUCUUUGCUUUCGCCCCUGCUUCACUGUGAUUCGCUCAUCUCGAAGGAUGUUCACUCGUUUCGAAGUGUGCGGCUGAAUGCGUCGUUGAAAACUGACGCUGGGUUUUUGGUGUUCUUGUUUUUCCAAUUUCUCUUUCGAUCAAGGAAGAAAGUAAAAGUGCGUAAAUAAGUGGCUCCAGAUCUCGCGAAAGUUGAUAACAGAUUCGAAGAUGAAACGCCAAAGGAGUGAAAAAGAAACAAAUCGCAGUUCAGUUCCGCAUUCAGGGAUGGCCGCCCCCCCUCGCUCCUCAGCAAGGACCGCUGAGGGCGUCGCGCUUGCUCGUGGUCGUGGCGCUGGUGUCGUGCCUCCCGCCCUCCACCUCCGCCGCGUCCGCCGCCCGGAGAUCUAACUCCCGUUUCCUCAAACUCGCCGACAAGAACUACACUCGCGUCUACCGCGCCCUUGACGAAGGCAUGAGGAACACUCGGCGGCUCGAGGACGCCUACAGGAGCGUGGAGCAAGGCCGCGCCCUCAACGUCUUCGACGUGGCCCGCGCCAUCGUCCCAGAUAUGGACGAUAAUGAUAACUCUCACGAGGCGCUUGUCGUCCUUAUGAACGCACUCUUGCAAGACAAUGCAAUAGAUUCGAGCCUUGAUAACCACAUUGCCGGCGAGGACGCAGGGCAGGGCGCCCCCGAAUCCUCGCUGGCAGGUGGCGGGGGCGGCAACGGGUCUGAGUUCGCCCCGACGCCGGCCCCCAACGGCACGCAGACCCGCGGGAUCUUCGACUUCAUUCCGAAUCCUUUUGCGAUCCCGCAGAAGUGCUGGUACAAGAGCAACCAGUAUGACUGCGGCCUGUCCGUGUCCUGCGUGUUCCAGGGAGCGAAGCCCGUCGACCUGUGCUCCGGGGGCAUGAUCUGGUCCUGCUGCGUGCCCCGGGACAAGGUCGAUCAUGUCGACCAGAACCUCGGUGCGAUUGGAAAUGACGCUGGUCACCACAACCAGUUCCCCGGUGGCAGCCGACCCAGCAUCUUUCGUCCGAACCCGCACAGACCCUUUGACAACCACAGACCUAGUAAUUUCGGUAACGAUGACGAUAGAUUGUUCCCCAACACUAGACCCCCCUCGAUUCUCAGACCGCAUAGACCGAGACCGUUCCCCCCCACCCGACCACCUCCCCACGAGCACGACUUCGACUUCAAACGCCCCCACAACACGUUCACGUCCCGCCCCCACCACCCGAACGCCUUUGACAGCCGACCUUUCGAGCGGCCCGAGCCCGGCCGGCCGCCCCCGCCCUUCGUUUCCACGGGUCCCGAGGGCGCCUUCGUUAACCAGAGGGAGUGUGGAGAGACCUACGCCCGCACCAACAGGAUCGUGGGCGGCGGCGACUCCAGCUUCGGGUCGCACCCGUGGCAGGCGGCCAUCAUCAAGGAGUCGUUCCUGAGCAAGAGGAUCGCCUGCGGAGGCGCGCUGCUCAACAAGCGCUGGGUCAUCACCGCCGCGCACUGCGUCUACUCGACCCCGACGAGCAACAUGAAGGUGCGCCUGGGCGAGUGGAACGUGCGCAAGCAGAACGAGCGGCUGCCGCACGAGGACUUCGAGGUGGUCCGGAAGGAGGUGCACCCGAAGUACCAGGCGGCCGACUUCCAGAACGACGUCGCCCUCGUCAAGAUCGGCCGCGACGUCACGUACAAGGAGCACAUCAUCCCCGUGUGCCUCCCGCAGCAGGGCGACGUGUUCACGGGCCAGUACGCCACCGUCACCGGCUGGGGCAGGCUCUCGCACGGAAUCUCCUCCACGCCCGAGGUCCUUCAGGAGGUCGACGUGGAGGUGCUGCAGAACGACGUGUGUCAGCAGUGGUUCAAGGAGGCCGGGCGCCGCGAGACGAUCCACGACGUGUUCCUGUGCGGCGGCUACAAGAACGGAGGGAAGGACAGCUGCCAGGGUGACUCGGGUAGUCCGCUAACCCUCAUGCAGGAUGGCCGCCGACACCUGAUUGGCCUGGUCAGCUGGGGCAUUGGAUGCGCUCGACGUAAUCUGCCGGGAGUGUACACUAACUUAGCUUUGUUUUCUAACUGGAUCAGGAGAACAAUCAGUACCUAGGUCGUUCUUUUCGGUCAUGUAGAUCUGGUAGAUUAUUUCCGUCGUAGAUUAAUCGCUUACGUUCCUGUUAACUGUUUUCUCUAUUUUUAUCAGUGUUGAUUAUUAUUUAUACUAUUUAGUCAUCUGUAAGUCGCGGUGCGCCUGAGGUGCCAGUCAGGGAUUUUUUAAUGGAUGUUGACAGCUGAUGUAUUUUUUCUAUAUAUAUUUCCCAUAUCAAGAGUCUUAAACUUUUUACCUGUGAUAAGAAGAAUGUUUAUAAGUCAGGAACUGUUAUACUAGUGUUGUUUUCUUGAUAAUUCUUGAAAGAGUAUUACAGCAUUAUGGUCCCACUUACAGUUACGUUUACAGUUUCAAGAAUUUUGAAUUUUGUAACAUCAAAGGAGCUGGAUCUCCUCUGUUUAUGUAAAUAAUUAUUGUAUGAGUAAACAAAGACAUGAAAGUACAGGUGUUGAUGUACAUAAAGUUUAUUCUUCUAUUCAGUGUUCAUGAUAUUUCUGAUAUGGUUAGCAGCCACACUAUUCUGUGUAUAGCAAUAUAAUAUUAAACUUAUUUUUCA